AAGCGGUGUGCGGCAUGGUCACACCCUGACAGUUGUUUUUCAACUUUUUUUUUGCGUUACUCCGAGUGGUACAGCGGUCGCUUCCUUUGGCUUCAUGAACGUCGGGGCGAACUGUUUGAAGCAGGACCUCUAUGACAUCUAUGUGAAGAACACGUUUUUGGUCUUCGAAGUUGAAAGCGACCAUGACGGUGGAAAAAUACAUCGAGGUCGGCGAGCUGUUUCCUGUCCAGGCUUUUCCAGGUCUACGGUGAGCCCGACAGGCUCUAGCAUUGAGAAGAACAAUGUCGUUGAAACUACGGCGAGCACUAUGGCUUCUUGGGGUCGCUCGGACGGCGACGGCGACUUCGGCAGCAGGUCUUCAGAAGAUCUUGAAGCCGAGGUGACAGAGGCUCAAAGCCCGGCUUCAGCGGCUACAGCGGGCGAGAAAGAAAACUUGGAGCUACACAAGAAGAUCAACAGGCAGCUCUCAGCAGGUUCUACGCCGGCAAGGAUUUUGUUCGUGGUCGAACGAAACCUCUCGGUGAUGAAUGGCAUCAAUUUAUCCACCGCCUUCCAUCGCCUCGGUUGCUGUUCACAAAAACUUCAGGGCCGACAAGUGAAGGUACUGAUGAGCAUGGUGGAGCUGGCAGAAAGAAAGGCACAUGACGAGUUGCAGAUGCACGAUGGAACGCUGCCGGCCAAUUGUUGCACCAUUAUCGCCUGGUCCUGUGCGAUGUUGAAGGUCUUUUCGGGACCUUUGUUCUCCGCAUUGAUUGCGGUGGUGGCUAAGAGUGCGAGAGCUUGUGAAGUCUACGAGGUGAGCAACCUUCUUUGGGCUUGCGUCCAAUAUCAGAAGCCUGGCGACCAAAAAUGUUUAAACGUCGACUUUUUUUUAGUGAAGCCAUUUUUGGGGGAUUAUCUUUAA